AUUCCGAAUAACAGUAACCGUCACCACCUGACUAACCUUAGUAUCAGUAUUACCGAUCACAGCCCAAUAGAACAUAAGGAUACAAGACAAAGGUCAAUGGGACAUAAACUAUUAUUUUUCUAGGGAAUUCUUGUUCUUUGAGCAAGUCUGUUCAUGGUGACAAUUUAACAAAGAAGAAGAGAAACUGGACGAUCACUCGAUUAUUAUUUUUGGACGUUUCAAGACGACGCAUCGGUUACAAUUUCACCUCACAAAUUACCCAACUGUCAAAGGAAAAGAUCAGAAAUAUCGUCACCAUGGCAAAGUUUCGGAUUGUCUUCUGGUUGGUCGUCAUGGCAACGUAUCUUACAAUAAUUUGUGCAGACGAUAUGGAUGAAGAUAAGCUCGAGAACUUUCACGACUACGGAAUGAAAAAUCCACAGGUGAAAUGCCCCAGCAAGUGCUGGUCAAACCCUCCACCCAAGAAAACCAUUUGCGCCACCAACGGCAGAACGUAUAUCUCGUGGUGUUACUUACGCAUGAGCGCAUGCGCACUUCGUCCCGUUGCUGAUUGGCAGGUGGCUUACUUGGGAUCUUGUGUGCACUCGUAUGGGUCCGUCAGCUAUACAUCAUCAAGUGCGUUUCAGGUUAAACAUUCUUACGAGGAGGCGAUUCCCCUUGGGCAACUAAAGCGUAAGCAGCAACAACAAAGACAAAGAGCUCACUUUGGAGAGGAGGAGGAGGAGGAAGAGGAAGAAGAAGAGGAAGAGGAGGAGGAGGAAGAACAAGGAGACUAUUCUUCACCCGUUGCAACGGGAGGAAGCGAAUCAGAGGGGGAAGAAGCAGAAUCAUCACCAUUUGUACCAUUUAGUUUUGCAGCCCCUGAAUCUGCUGAACCAGAAGAAUCAGAAGAACCGGAAGAAUCUGAAGAACCUGAAGGUUCGGAACCAGCAGAAUCGUCACCGAUGGAACAAGCAGCCUCUGAAUCUGCUGAACCAGAAGAAUCCGAAGAACCGGAAGAAUCCGAGGAACCAGAAGGUUCGGAACCAGCAGAGUCCUCGCCUUUGGAACAAGCAGCCUCUGAAUCUGCUGAACCAGAAGAAUCCGAAGAACCGGAAGAAUCCGAGGAACCGGAAGGCUCGGAACCAGCAGAGUCCUCGCCUUUGGAACAAGCAGCCUCUGAAUCUGCUGAACCAGAAGAAUCCGAAGAACCGGAAGAAUCCGAGGAACCGGAAGGCUCGGAACCAACAGAAUCCUCGCCAAUGGAACAAGCAGCUUCUGAAUCUGAGGAGCCAGAAGAAUCGGAAGAGCCUGAAGAAUCAGAACCAGCAGAGUCAUCACCAGUAGAACAAGCAGCUUUUGAAUCUGAGGAGCCAGAAGAAUCGGAAGAGCCUGAAGAAUCAGAACCAGCAGAGUCAUCACCAGUAGAACAAACAGCUUCUGAAUCUGAGGAGCCAGAAGAAUCGGAAGAGCCUGAAGAAUCAGAACCAGCAGAGUCAUCACCAGUAGAACAAGCAGCUUCUGAAUCUGAGGAGCCAGAAGAAUCGGAAGAGCCUGAAGAAUCAGAACCAGCAGAGUCAUCACCAGUAGAACAAGCAGCUUCUGAAUCUGAGGAGCCAGAAGAAUCGGAAGAGCCUGAAGAAUCAGAACCAGCAGAGUCAUCACCAGUAGAACAAGCAGCUUCUGAAUCUGAGGAGCCAGAAGAAUCGGAAGAGCCUGAAGAAUCAGAACCAGCAGAGUCAUCACCAGUAGAACAAGCAGCUUCUGAAUCUGAGGAGCCAGAAGAAUCGGAAGAGCCUGAAGAAUCAGAACCAGCAGAGUCAUCACCAGUAGAACAAGCAGCUUCUGAAUCUGAGGAGCCAGAAGAAUCGGAAGAGCCUGAAGAAUCAGAACCAGCAGAGUCAUCACCAGUAGAACAAGCAGGCGAAUCUGAAUCUGAAUCUCCCCAGCCAUCGGAAUCUGCUGAACCUUCUGAAGAAGAAGAAGAGGAAGAUGACGAUGAUGACGAGGAUGAUGAGGAUGACGAGGAAAAUGAGUCAUCGUUCAGCGAAAGCGUAGGUCCGCAUACAAAAAAGCCAGUCCCCCAUAAUCGCACGCCAUCUACCACUCCCGCGAAGACCACUACUAUCACCACUGCCACCCCGACCACCGUAGCCGUCCAAUCCACCACACCCCGUCUUGUUGCCACCACCCAGGAAGGUUGCCAGGUCUUCUGUCCACUCUCCGGAACGAAGGUGUGUACCACAGCGGGUGUCUUCGAUAGCGAGUGCCUCUUCAACUUCUUCAAGUGUCUGGGUAAGAUCGGCGAGGAUGACGUGAUACUUUUCGACGGUGAAUGCCCGACGACCCCAGCUCCACCGAAGAUCAAGACACCACUGAAGCCGGAUUUGAUCACGAAGGCCCCUGUCCUACCAACGACGACAAAAGGACGAUGUCCCGGAUCAUGUCCCAUGAUAAAUGACCCCGUCUGUGCGACCUACACAGCUCUCAUCUCUUUCUUCUCGACUCCCCAACCUACCCCCAGCCUCGUCACCUACACCAAUGAGUGUGUGUUCCUUCUGCUUCAGUGUCAAGGCAAGAUCAGUCCAGAUGACAUCAUCCUGUACCAGGGAAUGUGUCUGGCGCCCCCUACGUUACCCGAUGUCGAUCUCGCUUACCGAGGAACUGCCGGACCUUGAAGACAACUAGACACUAUAAUGGUCCUCACCGAGAUGUACAAAUAAUUGGUCUUUCAAUCGUUGGUAUAACUACCGCCAAUCACCAGUGACUUUCUACCUUCUUUGUUAUGUUCUGUUUUUUUAUGUGCACGCAACACCUCUAGUAUCAUGAUCGAACAGACCAAGAAAACUGUCGCUUUAUGAAUUCAUCGACAGUUUUCAAGACUUCGAGUACCAACAAUCAUGACAAUGGAAGUUGUGACACUCUUGGCUACACAUAGCUUGACUACACUUUUGAACCAUGGAUAUACAGCGGUAUACCUAGUGAAUACAAGAAUCUGCUUUUAGAUGAAUUGACAAGAGACACAUUGGAAAAGAAUAAAAAAAUUAUUGGUAAAAAACAUGACGGAAGAUGAAUGGGUGUUCCUAGCGUUGAUCGUAAAGUUAGGCAUAAAUUUACGACGAACCACGUUGGUAUGAAGUGCUAAAUGGUGCGUCAAUUUGCUUUAUACAUUAGGUAAAUGUGAUUGUCUUUCUCAACGUUCAUCCUAAAAUGGCAUUUACUUUUUUCGACACUCUUUUGAAGUGCAAGCAGAUCUCCUAAAUAUCAGUUGCCAUUGUCGCAAAGAUCGUUACUUAAUAUGAAUAAGUCACAUCAACGAAACCGAAUCAAACCGAUGUGAUGGUCUGCCAUUCGAUAUCAUGUAAUAGCUUUGAUCGGUAUGGAUUCGUUUUCGUUGGUGUGGCGUUUUGAUUGACCAUUGGGGCUGGCCCCCGUGAUUGUAACUCAUAUGCAAUACAAAAAACCCAACAAAUUGACAAGAUGAGGCUAUUUCCUUAUGAUGCAAAAAAAAAAUCACAUUUUGUUUUCCAAUAUCGUUCGUGUUUUCAUGUUCAUCACGGUAUAUACACGAACUGAUCCGUGCGUGUAGUGAGUAUAUAGAUAAUUCACAGAGGAUAUACAUUUUAGUAUAAAUAUAAUGUAUAUGCUAAUUGAAAAUGUGAUCAUUUCAAGUUAUUUAUUGAUUGCAGCAUAUUUUGAAAAUAGUUUGUAAAUUACAAUAUAAAUGUUUUUAAAUAUAUGAGAGACUUCCUCGAAACGACAUGUAAAAAAAUACAUGAAUAAAAAAAAUGUAUAGCUA